AAAAAAAAAUAAUUUAAUUACAAAGAUGCCUUUAUUAAAGCGUAAACGAUUCGCAGCCAUAGAAACACCUACCUACGAUGCCGAUAAGAAAGAGUCUAGAGAGAGUACUGUUUGGUACUUGCCAUUAACCAAAGAGAUCUUUAAAGAUUAUUCAGAGUAUUUAAAGCGUGCAUCACUUUACCGUAAACCUAUUUGGCAAUGUGAAUCUACUGGUAAAUCCAAUUUGACGUUAGGACAAGCCUUAGAAAGUGAAAAAAUCGAAAAAGAACGUGUUCAAGAUAAAUUACCAGAAGAACUUCAGAAACGAGUCUUACUUCAUGUCCAAUUCCAAACGUUGCGGUUAGAUGCUAUUGUGGAAGACGUAUACAAAUAUUUCGCCCAUCGUUAUGUAGACGGAGAAAUAUUGAAUUGUAUUUGGGAUGAUAAUAUUGCUUAUACCGCCAAGGUGUUAAGUGAAGUAGAUCCUUCUCAAAUAGAUGCACAAGUGGUAGACGAGAAAAAUGACGUACAUUACUAUAAGGUGCAAUUGAUUGACGAGAAUGCGGAAGGUAUUGAUGAUUGCAUCAAAGUCGUACCUUCUUCCAAAUUAAAACGUGAUCGAUUGGCAUUUUCCAAGAAUUUAUUAAAGAAAUUUAUCAAGGAGUACACCAUCAAGGAUUCAUAUAUCGGUGCACCAUGGAUUAUUCGACAGGAUACGGCAGAUCGUUUUGGCAUUGACACUACGCUUCCCAAAGACCUUCAAUUGGCAAGAGAUAUUGCCUAUUCGAAAUCCCGAAAGAAGCGAACCGAAGCCAUUGUGGCUGCUAGUACUGCCUCAACUGAAUCAUUGGACGAUCCACGUCUCUUAUUGGACGCUAAAAAAGUGGAGAGUACCUUGAAAUACCCUAUGGAAGAUCUUAAUGUCCCCAUUUACCGCAGAGAUCCUUCAGGAUCCGGGCCCAUCAUGGAUAUGACGCCUGGUACAAAAGGUCACACUCAAUUGGCUCCUAACCCCACAGGCGGUUUACCUCCACGUCCUCAACCCAACCGUGAAAGUAGUAUUCCCAAGGACGCUUAUGGACCCUUCUUAAUGGUCUGGUCCUUCUUGGGCGUCUUUUCUCAUCCACUCAAGUUAUCACCCUUCUCGUUGGAUGAUUUUGAAAAUGCUUUACGACACCAUUCACCUACCACCAUUUUAAUUGAGAGUAAUAUUGCGUUGCUUAAUGCGAUUAUCACUCAACGUGAUCGUUUAAAGAAGGAGAGUUUGGGUCAUGGAUCUACCGCUUUACAAGCCAUGACGUCUUUAUAUGGAUCCGGCUAUCAAUCCUGUCGUAGCAGUCAAUCACACCCUUUUCAACAAGGAGGAGAAGAAGAAGAAGAAGGAGACGUGUUGAUGAAAUCUCGUGUACAGCCUCGAAAGACGACAACGGAAAGAGGAUGUGGUAGUGCACCUGUGGAAGCCAUCAGUUUGAAUUGGGAUCAUGGUACAGUGGAUACCUAUGAUGAACGUCUAGGAUGGGAAGAUAUCUUGAUUGGUUUUAUCAAUCAAUUGGCACCCAUGGAAAUGAUGGAUGAUGUCGAUCGUAUCUUGAGUCUACUUGUGCCUCGUGUUGCAUCGACAUCCGAUGAACGUGAAAGAGCUUAUAUUAAUUUAAGUUUGGGUGAUAAAAUCAAGGUGUUUGAAUUACUUUUAAGUGUAGCAAAUGAAUCUCAUGUCAUCAAGUCAUAUAUGGAAGAAUGUCAGGAUCAAAUGACAGAAUUACGUAAACAAAAGAUUGAACUGAGUCGUGAACGUAAAAGAAUUCAUGCCGAACGACGUGAAAUGGAGGAUAAGCAAACGGAAGAAAGCAAUCAAAACCCUGACCCGAUUGAAUCUGACAGUGAUUCUGACGAUGAUUCGAAUGCCAGUGAUAAUGACGAAGCAAGCAAUCUUCGUAAGGCACAACGUAAAGCAGAACAACUUUCUCGUCAUGAAUCCAGACAAGCCACAUUAAAACGUCGUCAAGCCGAGAUGAAGGAACGUGAAGCGAAACGAUUAAAACAACACCAUCUUCAACGAGAAGAAGCGCGUGUUCGUAACCAAGAGCAAAAGCAACGUGCGGACGCGCGUCGACGAUUGGAUGAGGAUGAACGUGCGAUGCAUAAAAAGGAGGAACACGUGGAACGAGAUAUGCGUAAAUACAGUAACCACCGUAUUAAACCGUUGGGACGCGAUAAAUUCUAUAACCGAUAUUAUUAUUUGGACGAUAUUGGAGGUACACUUGUCCAUGGAUCGGGUAAAUUGUUCGUUCAAUGCCCAAGCGAUACGGAUUUGAUGGUGAUCUGGGAGCGUGAUUUUGAAGCGUCCCCCGAUGCGACGGUUUCUCUGCCAUGCGGGCGUGGGGGAGGUGUCAAGUUCGUCACACAACUUUUAGUAGAACAGGGUAUGCGUCCAGAGGCAGAAUACAUGGAAAACAGAUUAGAAUCCUUGUAUAAGGCGGGGGGAAAUACUACAAACGAAUGGUGGCAAUCCUACGACGAACCUGAACAAUUGCAAAGUUUAUUAGAAUGGUUAAACCCUAAAGGUAUUCGUGAAUUCAGAUUAAAGAGAGAACUUGAAAAGCAAAUUCAUAACUUGACCAAUGGCAUGAAGAAGCGCGUUGCAGAUCAAAUUGUUUCAAACAAGCAUGAAACAGCUCGUCGUAACACACGCAGUAAAGCUGCUCCGCAAUUCCCACCUGGAUCUUGGCUCGCUUAUACCAAUAAGCUUGCUUAAAGAACUAGCUAAGGGUGUGGGGGAGUAAAAUGAAAGAAAAUAAAACUGAAAAUAACACUAGUAAUAAUUAUAUAAAAUCUCUACACUCUUAUUUAUAUUAUGAACGCGUUUUUGUGAGAUCUUUUUAUGUCUCUGUGUUAAAAAGAAGAAGAAAGCAUUACACAGGGAGAGAUGAAUCCCCGUGUUUGAAUUGACGCGAGAAU